AUGCCUGCCUCAUUCUUCACUCCACCUCUUCGCAAUUCCCUCGCUCCAUCUCCUCCCUCCGCACAACCAUCGUCUCCUCGUCCCUACCUCACCGCAGUCGUCUUCUCCACUUCACCAUCGCCUCUCCUCGCCUCGCCGCACAGCGCGUCUCUCACACGCCUUGGCCUGCCAGGUGAUCAGGGCAGCCCGAUGAGCAGCGACGAGCAGCCAGUCAGCCACGUGGAUCGCGCCCACUUCAACCGCCAGGCGCGUCACCUCGCUGCUUUCAGCAUCCAGCUGCACCUCCUGCAAGGCCCGCCAAUCACACGCCGCCAGCUGGACGCUGCGUCUCGGCUGCUGACGCGCAGGGAGCUGUGUGACGUCAUGAACGAGCGCGCUGCCGCAGGCUUUCGCAGAGGCAGAGGCGGCGAGGGAAGGUCGGAUGGGGGGGAGGUGGAGGCUGCUGCUGUGCUGACAGCGCGGCUGCAAUCCGCUGCUGCCCGCCUGUGGACUGCAGGCAUGGCAGGGGCGAGUAGUGCGGGAGGAAAGGGAGGAGGAGGAGGAGGAGGAAGGACAACGAAGGCUAACGGAUUCCUGGGUUUGGUGCUCAUGGGUGGGGCUGGGGGAGAGGAGGGUGUGGCGGGGAUGGCGGGUACGGUGGCGGGUGAAGAUGAAGAGGAGUGGCAGAGAGGGAAGGCACCGGGGAUCAGGGAAAUGCGGAGCAACACGGAGGGUCGUAGAGGGCUGUGGACCGCAAGCAUGCCUGCUGCUGCGCCUCUUGAGGGCACCCUACCUGCACGUGCGUGCAACCACUCCAGCAAACCCCAGUCAUGGGAGGUACUUGGUGCGAGUGAAUCCAUCCCGGCCUGCAGUGGGGCAGCAGGAGUGUCUCAGGGCGGCGCUGAAGCACACAGCAGCGGCAACGGUGGCGCUCACUCCACGAGCGAUGAGGCUUGCAGCGCGCGCAGCUGUGGCUCGAGGCGAGGGGCGCGGGCGGGCAGUAGCAGCAGUGACGACCAUGACACCAGGCGCACGAAGGCUCCCAGUGGACUGCGGCCGACCGCGCGUAACUGUGGCUCGGAUUGCGGGACGGGAGGAGAGGGUAGCAGCAUUUGCGGUGGCCGUGGGAGUCAGAGUACGAGUAUUGAGUCACUCAGCGCCACAGGACUGUGGUCCCACGGCCACCGCACACGUGGCUUGCAGCAAGGACUGGGGGAGGGCAGCAGGGACGCGAGCAGGCGCAGCGGCGGCGUGAGUGCUGCUUUUUGGGAGGCUCUGCUGUGGGAGAGGAGGGGCGAGCCAAGUGACGCGGGAAGCAGGUGUGCUUGCGGUGAUGGAGAUGAUCCGCCUCGUUGCUCUGCAGCCGUUGGGGAGGCCAUUGGGGAGGCAGCGAGGCUAGAGAGAAGGAGAGAAGGCCAAGGGGAGGAGGAGCAGGGGCGUGAGGUGAGAGAGGGUGAAGGGGAGGAGGAGCAAACGGUGGAGCAGAGAGAGGGGGAAGAAGCAGGCGAGGAAGGCAGUGGGGACGAGGGGCGACGAGAGGAAGGGACUAGUGUUGAGGCGGUGGGAGUGGAGCGGGUGGGAGGGGAGGUGGUGUGGCAGCGGCUCAUGGCUCACCGGGUGCGCCAAGCAGCCUGCAAGGCCCACGUGCUCUCCACGUUCGUCCCCUCGUGGUCCAGUCGCCAUCGCAUGCCUCAACCCCCACUCCUUCCGUCCGUCUAUCCACCCUCCUCGUUCUCCCCCUCCUCUUCCUCCUUUUCCUCCAAGUCUUCCUCCUCUCCUCGGCUCUACCCCCCUUACCGCAGCGCCUCCUGGCCCCUCACCUCCUCCUCUCGCCCCUCCCGCUCCUCACGCUCCUCCUCCUCCUCCUCCUCCUCCUCCUCCUCCUCCUCCUCCUCCUCCUCCUCCUCCUCCUCCUCCCCUUGGCUCUACCCCCCCUAUCGCAGUGCCUCCUCCUCCACCUCCUCCCCUCCCUCUCACUCCUCUCACUCCUCGCGCUUCUCUCGCCCCUCCUCUUCUCCCCGGUGCCUGUCUUCUCCACCAACCCCCUCACAGGCCUCGUUCAACCAAGCAUGCGUCCGCUCAUCAGAGCCCACCCCCACCCCCACCACGUCAACCCACUCUUCCACUCCACCCACUGCCAACACCCGUCUCUCACCCGCUUCCUCGCCGCUCUCCUGCCUGCCCUGUCACUCCUCGCACGAGCCUAGCACUUCAAGGGCCGGCCUUCCUACUGGCGGCUCUCUUCGCCCCGCCCUGCGCACGACCCCGCGCUAUCAGCAAGGCAGGGCAGGGCAGCCUCUGGCCGUGCCUCGCAACGUGUCAUGGGCAGACGCACAGGGGAAGGCUCUAGUGGAGGACUUUCAGUUGUGCGCGCGCACAUAG